UUAAUAAUCGUACUGAAUCGAAUCUGGAAGUGUCCUUUCCAGAUCUAUUCCCAUUUGAAUAAUUCCUAAAUUUACUUUGGAAGUGAUAAUGAGAAUAAAAAUGAUUAAAAGUUUCUGGCAGAUUCUAACGGAUGCAAUGGGAGCGACAACAAGACCCCAAAGUGUUCGAUGAGCGAUCGUAUUCGUACGAAUUUCACGUGAGAAUCUGAUUCUCACUCAUUUGGUGAAAUUCAAGCCGUUUUGUGUUUUGAUGAUUCCACACAAUCUGUCAAUCCGUUAAUUAGCGUGCCAUUCAAUGUUUGUGUCGUUGAGCGUGAGCUUCUUAAUUCUAUGUUUCCUGGUCGCAGCAACGGACGAUGACAUUUCCUUUUGGAGAAACACACAGAUCCUGAAAUCAGCAGUGAUAUCCUGUUGCUUCGGUACACAGCAUGGACAAGAGGAUGAAGAUGUUAGUGAAGCUGCUUUUUCAUCGGAGUGGGAUGAGUUAUUCGUGCGCACGAUGCGAGGAAGCUGGGCAGGUUUUUCGUUCGUGGUAGACUGCCACCACCAUCAGCCUCGACAGGAUCGUCCCACGACACCCUCGUACGGCAAGGAUAUAAAGUGGUCGCGUGCUUCCAAGCUCAGUCACAGCUGCGUCGAGACCCCGCACAGGCACCUACCAACACUACGAGCGAGCAACACGAUCAAACUACAAUCGCUGCUAACAGAAUCAUCCUCAAUUUGUCACGUCUGA